AUGACUUUGAACCGGCCCCUGGGUGGCCACCCAGCCUGUGCCUUGGCCAUCUGUGUUUACUCGCCCAAGGGCUCUGCCCUCCUGGCUGCCCGCCGCCCACUGCAGGCCCGGGAGGCGUGCGAAGCAGCGGAAAACGGAGGCCUGUGCCAGCACCAGUUCUGGCCAUGUCCCACUCCCUUGGAGGGCAUCCAGAGUGAGUGCUUCCCACAAAGCAACGCAGGCCAGCGCGCCCAGCCGGCCACUCGCGGGCCCGAGGGCCUCAGCGCCCGCCCCGGGGCCCUGAGCAGCCGCGCGGCGGCGAUGCCCGAGAGGCGGCUCACGGCGGGUACGUGCGCCGCGGGGGCCCUUCCGGGGGUCGCGGGAAUCAGGCCUCCUUCCCCCGACCCCGACCUCCGCCGCGACUCCCAGCCUCAAAGGCCGCCCACGUGCCCGGGCGCGGCCCUGAGUGCUUGUAGCCCCGGCGCGCCGACGCAGCGAGCUGAUGCAGUGUCUUGUCUCGUUUCAGAGCCUCCCGUUAUCACAGAAGACGGAUUCUGUCGUGUAGACGCAGCUAUGGUUGCAGUAAACAUUCAUGGGCAGAUCCUACUGCAGCUCCUUUCAGAAAAGCACCAAGCGGAGUUUUCAGCUCUGACUCGUUCGGAGUCUACCAUCCGAAGUUCUGUGGUUAUUUGGAAGCUGUUCCAUCCAAAUAUGGCAAUUCUGUUCUUUGUGAAUGUGGGGGAUGUCCAGGCUCGAACCAAGUCAGAGGCCUCUCACAGUCGUGUGUUACUGGUUCCUUCUCGCUUUAUUCAGACCCCAUCCUCAUUCCAGAAGGAACCGCUGCUCAGCGUGACCCAAAGCGCAGGGACCUACGACUCUAAAGCAGGCCCCACCCUCCCCUCCUUGGUGGUCAUUCCGGGUGGGAUAUUGGAGGCUGUCUUCUGGGAUAGCCCCAUCCUUCUUCCAGCAGAUGCUGUAACACUCCACAUGGUGGAAAUUGAGACGGGCUUGCAGAGGGGAAAUGCAGAAUUGUCAGAGAUAGAACAGUGGGAAGAUUCUUUGGAAACAGAUAGUUUCCUUGUGGAUUACUUUAAUGAAUUCCUAAGCCUGCCUACCUUUCCAGAGGCGAUUAGAUUUAAUGCAGAUUAUCGUGUUUUUGAAGUAGUUAAUAAUGCUCCACAACUUCUGGAAAAGCAACUGAAAAGAAUUCUAUACACCCACCAACCUCGAAAUCCCAUCUAUGAUGUUGUAAGGAAAGGAAUGUGCGAUGGAAAAUCCUUUCAGAAGAGGGCCCCCAGUGAGGCGGAGACAGUGAAUGUCAACUACAGCAUCAUGUGUCUCAGUCAAGAGGAAGGCAUUGAAUGGGUCAAGAAAAAAAGACUUCCAGCAUUCCUGGAAAGCGACUGCUACUUUGAAUACAGGCUAGCUAAAUUGAUCUCACAAGUAAGAUGGAGUGGAACGGGCAUGAAUGUCACAGUAGCUACUGGUUUUUCUCCCUGGCUACAGAAAAAACCACCCACUCCACCACCAGCAGUCAUUGAAGACGAAGAUAUUUUAAUUAUGAAAAAGUUCUAUGUUUCCGUGGGCCAGGCAUCCUAUACCCAAACCAAAGAUUGGUUUACCUUAGCAAAGCAAAGCCAGCAAACUGUGGCUACCUUUUCCCUACCUUCUUAUGUUUGCUACAACAAAAUUGAAGCUCCAACACCAACCAUCACCUCUGUGUCUGAGAGUGCCAUCUUUGAUAACAGAACCCAUUCCUGGGCGAAGAAGACCAUGUCGAAUGUUGAGAACACUCUUUCUGAUCUCAAAGAGGAUAUUGGGUCUACGUGUCUACAAGACACCACUUCUCAAGCUCUCCUGAGAAUAUACCUUGACUCCCAACGGGAUGUUGAAGAAAACGUGACCCUGCAUUUUGGAAAUUGUGAAGAAUUUUUAAAAUCUUACAUAUUAUAUAUUUUGAGAGAAUCUGUUUACCAGGUCGCAGGGUCACCAUAUCAAGGGCACCCCAAUUAUGUGAAUUUCACCAACGUCUCCAAGGUGGUGGUGGAAGAGUGUUACAAACCUAAACUUCACCAGGAUUUGGAGCCAGUUGAAACAACUGAGACCACCAUGCAAAAGUCUGAAGGAAUAGCAGAGAAGGAAAGUUUGAAGAGCGAGAGCUUGCCUUCGGAAAGCAGGGCCGACUGGUGUCUGUCUCAUGGGACAUACGACAUCGGGAACAGGAAGGAGUUUGAGAGAUUUAAGAAAUUUAUCAAAGGCACUUUAGGAGAGAAAUACUUAUGGUUGUGGAUGGAUAUAGAAAGAUUAAAGGCUCUGAAGCACUGUGACAGACAUCAAAGACAUCUUGAGAAGAUGAAGAGACUCUACCUGGUGAGCAACGGAGAGCGCUACCUUUCGAUGGAGAUCUUAACCAAGUUUAAACUGCUUGAGGGAUCUCAGUGGAAUGAGGAGCAUUUAACUAAUAUCCAAGUGGAGGUGGUUAAACCUUUACUUCUGUAUUGGGCUCCUCAAUUCUGUAUCACCCACUCGCGUGCCACCAAGAUCGCCAGUGCCCAGCUCAAGUUCUGGCACAUUCGUCAGCAGAAACCCAGGAAAGACGUGGACCCCUUCCCACAAAUGGCAACGCUGCUGCCCUUACGGCCCAAAUCUUGCUUCCCUCGGAUAGCGGGGAUGCAGAAAGAACAACCCAGUGCAGUACAACCUCCCAAAUCUCCCAGGAAGUCACUUGCACCCAAAAUAGCAACUCGAAAAGCUUGGAAGAGUGAGGCUUCCUACCAGCCCAGGAUGUCUAUGGAUGAUACGAUUGAAAGAGAGCCCAGGUACACAACAGAACAGAGCAGAAUUUUUCAUUUGACAUCUUUCACCGACAUAUCUGAGUGCUUGAAGCCCCAGCUGGAAAGGAGAUUUACUUAUACGGAAGAAAAUGUGGCUAAAACCUUGGUGGAAGAUGCCCUUGGAGGAUUUAACAUGGAGAAUUUGUUGCAGUCUUUGUAUGUAGAAACUCGAGCUGGAUUUUUCUUUACUAAAUUCUGCGAAGAUACUGGGAACAAGUUGUGGAAGAACAGCGUGUACUUCUGGUUUGAUCUCCAGGCUUAUCAUCAGCUCUUCUACCAAGAGACACUUCAGCCUUUUAAAAUAUGCAAGCAAGCCCAAUACCUUUUUGCCACAUAUGUGGCUCCUUCAGCCCCUUUUGACAUCAGACUCAGAAAGGAAAAGAGAAGAGAAAUUUACAUGCGGAUGCAGCCGCCGUUUGAGGAUCUCUUUGACACAGCAGAGGAAUAUAUCCUGCUCCUCCUCCUGGAGCCCUGGACGAUGAUGAUCAACUCAGACCUGGAUGAUUACAGAAAGGUGAAGCUGGUUCAAGGGACCCGGCAGCUGGACUCCACGUACUUCCGGAAGCUCCAAGCUUUGCACAAAGAGACCAUUUUCGAGCAGACUAAGGACACAGUGGAGGACUUUGGACAUAGUAUUUUGCAAUUUCCUAGUAUUAAUAAGCAAACAGAAUAUUGGAAUCAUGUUCCUGAACAAUUUAAAGAUUUUACUUUUAAUGAUCUACUUAGCAACAAACUGGAAUUUGAACACUUCAGUCAAUUUCUCGAGACUCAUUAUUCAAGCAUGGACCUCAUGUGCUGGAUGGAUAUUGAGCAGUUCCGAAGAAUACCAUACAUAGAUUACGAACAGAGGGAGGCAAAAUCUAUAUCCAUUAAAAACAAAUACCUGAAUAAAAAAUAUUUCUUUGGACCCAAUAGUCCAGCUUCUCUGUAUCAUCAGAACCAGAUAAUGCAGCUAAGUGAUGACUGGGGCAGGAUUCUGCACGAGCAUUUGGACGUGUCUGUUCUCCUAGAGAUCCAGAAGCACGUCCUCAAGAAGCUGGAAAAUGUGUGGUUGCCCUUGUUCCUCACGAGCCCUUUGUUUAUGGCUCGACAAAAGAUAAAGACACAGAUGGAAGACAUCGCCGAAGAGCUCCUGCUCCAGAAGCACGAGAGGAAGAUCGGUGUCUGGAAGCCCGUGGAGAGCAAAUGGAUAUCUUCAUCUGGUGAAAUCAUUGCUUUCCGUAAAGCAUUACUGAAUCCAGUCACAGCCAAACAAUUUCAACGAUUUGUGGCUCUCAAAGGAGAUUUGUUGGAAAAUGGGGUACUCUUUUGGCAAGAAGUGCAAAAAUAUAAGGACUUGUGCCAUUCUCAUUGCGACGAGAACACCGUCCAAAAGAAGACAACGAUGAUUAUCAACUGCUUUAUUAACUCCAGCAUCCCGCCAGCUCUGCAGAUUGACAUCCCCCAAGAGCAAGCCCAGAAGAUCAUUGAGCAUAGGAAGGAGCUAGGACCAUAUAUAUUCCGGGAGUCUCAGAUGACAAUUUUUGGGGUCCUGUUCAAGUUUUGGCCUCAGUUUUGUGAAUUUAGGAAGAAUUUAACGGAUGAAAAUAUUCUGAGUGUCUUAGAGAAAAGGCAGACACUUAAGCAGAAAAAGAAAUCAGUACUAGAAGAUGAAAAGUUUUCAAAGGAAAGUGCCAGACAGCAUAUCAGCGUUUCAGGGAUUGCACUCAAAGCAGCUCCAAUGACCAGCGACACAGCAUUGGGCCUGUCAGCCUACGGGAGACAGCCAACCUGGUGCUACUCAAAGUACAUAGAAGCUUUAGAACAGGAAAAGCUGCUGCUUAAGAUCCAAGAGGACCUGGAGAAAAAGAUAGUGACCAGCUGGGAGCACAUCCAGCUGCUGAGAGCUGUACGGCUUUCUGGGGCCCUGGAUGCGUAA